AUGACAAACACCAACGGCACCGCGGCCUCGGCCCCGGUCUUCCAUUUCUCGGCCACCUACAAGUCUCCCACCAACGAGCCUUUCAGCUUCUCCGAGUCUCUGUCAGCCCCCGCGACCUCCAGCGCCAGCGACAAGGCGAUCUACCUCAACGCCCUACGCAAGUCUAUCAACGCCGCCCAGGAGGACAUAAACAAAGAGCUCACCGCGCGCAUGGAAGAGGACAAAGCUAAGGAGGCCACCAGGAACGGCGCUGCCCCCAAGUCCAUCGUGGACGAAGCACUUGAGGAGGAGAACUACGGCGAGGAGGCACCUCCCAAUGAUGACUGA